AUGAAAGACAGCCCUGAUUCAUCAAUUGACAAAGGUGUGGAUAUAAAGAUUAUAAAAUUGACUAUUACACCAUGGACCUUGUUCAAGGAAUAUACACCAUGGUUCACAUUGGACAAGUGUGAUCCAGAAUCAUUGACAACAAAAGCAAUAUUCAAACAAGACACCCUUGGCACUCCCAAGUUUAAAAAACUGGAAGAUGAACAUCAAUCUGAUGCUAUUGGGUUUUCAGUUUAUGUUGUCAACUAUGUAGAAAAAAUCAUACAAGUUUUGACA